AUGCGACUGCGCUUCACAGCAGACGUGAAGGUCGUCCGUUGCCGCAAGCUCAAUUGUCCAAGGAAGACAGGCUGUGAGUCUAUGCCAAGGAUGGCGUCCUGUGUCGGAAUAGCCGCCGCCCAAUCUGACGCGUGCAGUCGAGCUCACAUCCCUCAGAUCGACAUGGCCACUCAAGAUUCCGCUACGGCCUGGAAGCCGUCCAAGCCGCGUGGAGCGCAACGGACGUCUGAUCACAAGACGGGCCCCAAGGGCGAACCCAUGACGCCGGUUCCUUCCGCUACGCUGAUCGUGCUUUGCCCACGAUCGGUCAAGGAGGAGGAUGGCCGCCUGCAGUAUGACACCUUGAUGGUGCAGAGAUCAGCCAGGGACGGCUCAAGCUUCCGAUCCGCAGUCGUGUUCCCAGGAGGCGCACUCGACCUCGUCGACGAAGCAGAAGUCGAGGCGGCGUUAACAUCCGCCUCCGGAUCCUCUCCGCAGUCUCGGGGCGACGAGAUGGAGAAGUACAUGCAAUCUCUCAAGCUUUGCGCGCUACGCGAGACCUUCGAGGAGACAGGGCUGCUUCUUCUGCCAUCCUCGACACCCAGCCCGUGCGGCCUGCCCACCAGCCGUGCCGUCGGACAUCGAGAAGCAGGCCUGUCAGCCGAGGAGUGGGCUCACGCGCGUAACGACGUCCAUCACAACGCAGUCGACUUUGGCCCUUUUCUCCGCAGAGUGUCGAGCAAGCUUGGCCUUGGCGGUACACUAGGCACUGGAGAAGCUGCGCUCCCGGAGCUGGCACCGAUGGCGCACUACUCGAACUGGAUCACACCAAGAAGCGUCGUUCGACCAGCGAAACGUUUCGAUGCUCAUUUUUUCAUCACUGUGCUCGACAGACCAGAUGUGUUUGGAGAUGAAGAGUCGCUCAACAUCUCUGCUGAUGGAUCAGAGACGCUCUCUCUCCGGCUUCAAACUCCUCGCGAGAUCAUGUAUGCUGGCAUCACCGACCAGAUCUCCCUCUUCCCACCGCAAUUCUAUAUCCUCGCCGACCUCGAGUCGGCCCUUCGCGCCGCCGACUCGAAAGGUCGUAUUCCCAUCCUGCCUCUCAUCUUCGACUCGACUCAAGCGUCCAGCAACGCCACUCCGGACGCAGAGUUCCGCGUCACACCGGUCGAAGAAGAAAGCCGCGGUCUUCAGGGUCGCAACUACUCGUGGGAUCGCAAAGACGUCUCUGCCUCGUCGGCCCCCCUGACAUCUUGGGUCUCGGAUACCAAUCCACCCCUCUCAAAGAUCCGAGCCCUGGGCACCGACCCCGACUCGCAGUAUCCUUCCGUCACAGCCGUUGAGCCUCGCGCAUUCCCCAAAUUAGGUGCCAUGCUCGACAUCAACAAGGAGAUCGUUGAGAAUCGUAACCGCGGCAAGACAGCCGAUAGCGAGGACAGCUUCGUCUUCCCCCUCGUCCUCCCUGGCGAUUGGCAGGCAUCACCAGCGCAAAAGGAACGCGCUCGAAAGGGCCUUUUCCUGCCAGGAACUGGCGAGCAGAAGGCCAACAACUCGAACGGCUCGACAGUCGGCCCAGAGACAACGUCCACGGAUGCGAAACCGCUCAAUAGACUCUAUGUGUCUCCACGCGCAAAAGAGCAGGGCGGCGGCAUGACGGUGCGCGGAGCGGUACGUAAAGGCUUGACGCACUUGCGCGAUUUCCAGGUGGGCGUGCUGCUCGCCGAAGCUCCCGCCGAUGCGAACGACGACGACGAUGCCGCUGGCUCCAAAAGCGGAGCCAAGCUGUAA